AUGGACCCACAAGAUCAGAUGGAAAUGAAAUACAAUACAGGAAAUGAAGUAGGGGGUUUGGAAUUAUGUAUAGUUUGUGGAGAUAGAGCUUCAGGACGGCACUAUGGUGCUAUUAGUUGUGAAGGGUGCAAAGGCUUCUUUAAAAGAUCAAUCCGCAAGAAGCUUGGCUAUCAGUGUCGAGGCAGUAUGAAUUGCGAAGUUACAAAACACCACAGAAAUAGAUGCCAGUACUGUCGUCUGCAGAAGUGCUUGGCUUGUGGUAUGAGAAGUGACUCGGUCCAACAUGAGAGGAAGCCGAUAGUAGAGAAAGUGAAGAGUGAACGGGAUGUUCAUGAACGACAAGCAGCCUAUUCAAAACUAUUGGGACUUGCCAACCAUACACAAGGACAGAUAAACCCAAAGGAGGAAGGAGGCGAGGCAUUUGGAGCAGUAUCUCCAGCAGCUCCGGCUUUAAACUUUGCUUUAGCUGCCGCUGUUGCUUUCAACAAAGGAAAUCCAGCUGUUUCUCCAUACUUGGGUAGUGGCCCCAAUGAGUUGGAUGGAGCAAGACGCCAACAGCUCAUGUUGCAGACACAACUGGCAAAGAAUCUCUUCAAAAUGGGACAAUUUGGUGCAAUAAAUGAAUACCUGCAAUCAGCGUACGGGGCCACGCCUCCUGACGUACCCAUGACCGCCUUACACGCAGCGGACACACAGCAAACAGAUGGGGAAGAACUAGGGAUCUUCAGUAACCCGGACUCACUUGAAUUGCCCUUAUCCCUUCCGGGGUCGGGUGCGCCUGCGCUGCGAUUACACGCGGCGUGUGAAGCGGCUGCUAGACUAUUGGGCGCUUUGGCUAGAUGGGUGCUAUCUAUGAGCACAGUUACUGCGCUGCCUUUUGAGAUCCAAGUUACGCUUCUCCGGAAGUCCUGGGCUGAGUUAUUCGUUUUGGGCCUUUGUCGUUGGGCCCAGCCUUUGGGGCUGGAUUCUCUUCUGCCUCUAAUGUCAGCACACUUACACUCUGAGUUACGGGAAAGAUCAGAGAGUAGAAGUGGAAAUCAGAGCAGUGAAGUCACUACACCGGAGAUAACAAUAUCGGACUAUUCAGACGAGCGCAUAACAGAAGUUUCAACGAUGCUGUCGCGUCUUCACCAAGUGGUCCAUAAUAUGCACCAGCUACGCAUCAGCGACCGUGAACACGCACAUUUGAGGGCUUUAUGUCUCUUUUCGUCUGAUGGCGUACCAGAUUUUCUGACCCGAAAACUUCAGGACUAUCAGAUGAAAGUACUGCGGUCUCUGCGCUCCAUUUGUGACGAAGAGAGGUCGUUGACCCUUGUCCUACAACUGUCAGUACUACGCAGUUUCACCCCGACCUUUAUAGAAGAUGUCUUCUUUGUAGGCUUCGUAGGAGACGUCAGCAUCGAUGAGGUGAUACCUUAUUUGUUGAAUGCGGAGCGAUAA